GAUGCAGUAAAGCCUAUACUCGUUCCAGUCACCUUACUCGCCACGAAAGAAGUCAUGAUAUAGAGGCUGGGUGUAGUGACUCAGCCCAUAAUCCCAGCACUUUGGGAGGCCAAGCUGGGCUUUUCUCCUCUUCUCUGCUGGACUCUGCUGUUUCCCACAAGGUGUUCAGAGAGUCUGCCCUGAAUCCUACAACAAGGAAAUGAGAAGCACAGAGUGACACCAGCAGGAGAACAUAAAGAUGCGGUGACAGUUGUCCUCCUCCUGCAGAGUCCAGAGCAGUGCACUCCUACCGCUGAUGCUCUAGCUAAGCCUGAGGGCCAGCAUGCCCGAGGAUAGUCUGGGAGUGCUGCAGUCAGGGUCCCCACAAUGGGCACCCAGCCUCUGCCCUUGCACUCUGCAUGACCGUGGCCAUUGUCACUUCAGAGCCCCUGGGUACAAAGCAAUGCAUCCUACCAGAGCUGCAUGUGAGGAAGGACCACGUGAGUCCCGGGAAAGAGCUGAGGCCUUGCAGGAGGAGGUGGCCAGGACCGAGACCUGAUGCCUGUGUGGAGAAUCGUCUGUGUGUGUGAGUGGCACUGUGGGGCCAGUGCCCGGGUUCUGCUGCUCCCCCUCCUCAAAAGAUCAGGGCCCGAGCAGGGGCUGGCAUGUGUGUGGCACCUGGAGCUGCAGGGCCACCGCCCGUGUGUGAGACCGUCAUGGGGACCUGAACACGGUGUCGUCUGCAGACCCCACCCGUCCAUCGGCCCCAAUUCCUGGCCAGCUUCUGCCAAGGAUUCAGUGUCAUUUGAAGAUGUGGCUGUGGCCUUUACCCAGGAGGAGUGGGCUUUGCUGGAUCCUUCUCAAAAGAAUCUCUACAGAGAUGUGAUGCAAGAAAUCUUUAGGAACCUGGCUUCUGUAGGAAACAAAUUGGAAGACCAGAAUAUCCAAGAAGACUUCAAAAAUCCUGGGAGAAAUCUAAGCAGUCAUGUGGUAGAGAGAUUGUUUGAAAUUAAAGAAGUCAGUCAAUAUGGAGAAACCUUCAGCCAGGAUUCAGAUUUGAAUCUGAAUAAGAAAGUUUCUACUGGAGUAAAACCAUGUGAAUGCAGUGUGUGUGGAAAAGUCUUCAUAUGUCAUUCAGCCCUUCAUAGGCACAUCCUGUCUCACACUGGAAACAACCUAUUUGAGUGUGAGGAAUGUCCGGAGAAGUUAUAUCAAUGCAAACAAUGUGGGAAAGCCUUUAUCUCUCUCACCAGUGUUGACAGACACAUGGUAACACACACUAGUAAUGGGCCUUAUAAGGGUCCAGUGUAUGAGAAGCCUUUUGAUUUUCCUAGUGUAUUUCAAAUGCCUCAGAGCACUCACACUGGAGAGAAAACAUAUAAAUGUAAACAUUGUGAUAAAGCCUUCAAUUAUUCAAGUUAUCUUCGUGAACAUGAAAGAACUCAUACUGGAGAGAAACCCUAUGCAUGUAAGAAAUGUGGUAAAUCAUUCACUUUUUCCAGUUCUCUUCGCCAACAUGAAAGAUCUCAUACUGGAGAGAAACCCUAUGAAUGUAAGGAAUGUGGCAAAGCCUUCAGUCGUUCCACUUACUUGGGAAUACAUGAAAGAACGCAUACUGGAGAAAAACCCUAUGAAUGUGUAAAAUGUGGCAAAGCCUUUAGAUGUUCCAGAGUCCUCAGAGUCCAUGAAAGGACUCACAGUGGAGAAAAGCCCUAUGAAUGUAAACAAUGUGGUAAAGCCUUCAAAUAUUCGAGUAACCUAUGCGAGCAUGAAAGAACUCACACUGGAGUGAAACCUUAUGGAUGUAAGGAAUGUGGCAAGUCGUUUACUUCUUCCAGCGCCCUUCGAAGCCAUGAAAGGACUCAUACUGGAGAAAAACCCUAUGAAUGUAAGAAAUGUGGUAAAGCCUUCAGUUGUUCCAGUUCCCUUCGAAAGCAUGAAAGAGCUUAUAUGUGGUAAAAAAAAAAAAAAAAAAUCAACAAUAAAACACCUCUGUGAACGUAAGAAGUGUGUUAAAGCUUUCAGUUAUUCUAGUUUCAUUAGAGCACGUGAAAAAAUUAAAAACUCAGGCCGGGUGCAGUGGCUCAUGCCUGUAAUCCCAGCACUUUGAGAGGCCGAGGCGGGCACAUCAUGAGGUCAGGAGUUCGAGAUCAGCCUGACCAACAUGAUGA